AUGACGUGGCGCUUCUCCCCGGAGCAGGUGGCGUGCGUGUGCGAGGUCCUCCUGCAGGGCGGCGCCGUGGAGCGCCUGGCCUCCUUCCUGCACUCCCUGCCCGCCCGGCCGGAGCUGCAGGGCCAGGAGAGCGUGCUGAGGGCCCGCGCGGCGGUGGCCUUCCACCAGGGCCGCUUCCCCGAACUCUACGCCCUCCUGCGGGGGUUCCCCUUCUCCCCGCGGAGCCACCCCCUCCUGCAGCAGCUCUGGCUCCACGCGCACUACCUGGAGGCGGAGCGGCAGCGGGGGCGCCCCCUGCGGGCCGUGGGGAAGUACCGCAUCCGCCGCAAGUUCCCGCUGCCCCGCACCAUUUGGGACGGAGAGGAGACCAGCUACUGCUUUAAGGAGAAGUCGCGCAGCGUCCUGAGAGAGUGGUACUGCCACAAGCCGUACCCGUCGCCGCGGGAGAAGAGGGACCUGGCUGACGCCACUGGCCUCACUGCCACGCAGGUCAGCAACUGGUUCAAGAACCGGCGCCAGAGGGACCGGGCCAGCCAGUGUCGGGACAGGGAGGGGGAAGAGCCCAGCGGAUCCCCGUUUCUGAGCUCAGACGUUCCCCAGCUCGGAUGAUGACCUUUGAACCCCCGGGGGGG